ACCACAACACAGUGCCGGGGUGGGGGGACAUGCGAAGUUGUAGCAGAGGAGAAGUGCUAUGGAUUUAGUUUAACAUUUUGUAUCUGUAGUUUUGCAGUUGUAUGAGGAAUUUCACUGUAUGUUCAGAUACUAUUAUUGUAAUUGUGAUUGUGUGGGCCUUGCAAGCGGCCAGUAAAACUAAUACCAAACGCAUUGCUGCUUCACAAUUGGACGAAUUAGCACUAACACCAAUUAGCUUGCAUGUACAGCAGCAUAUGAGCAAGUCACAUUGUGUUUAUGUUGUGACCGGCUAGCCUGUUAAACCUGUUAGCUCAUAAGAAGAACAACUCAAACUACGAAAGGAUGAACUGACUGUAGAUCCUGCUUUGUACUCUGAGCCUCUGUUGGUCCUCUUGUGAGCAGAACACAGGAUGCCCUACCACUGUGUGGCCUAUGGAUGUGGCAAAACUGCAGAAGAUGGUGUGACGCUUUUUAAAUUCCCCAAGGACCCUGAGGAGUUUCGCAAAUGGGAGAAGCAGGUUCAGCGCACCCGCUCCCAGUGGGUCGCCACUCCCAACUCAUACCUCUGCAGCGAGCAUUUUGGCAAGGAGUACUUUGAGCCCAAACCAUUCACAGGCACUCUGAAGCUGAGGCCAGGAGCUGCUCCUACAGUCUUUGUCCGUCCUCACUGUCAGUCCUGCAGCGGAGUGGGCUGUAGUAAGUGCCUGCCUACUAUACAACAGCGGGGUGUUACAGCUGAACCAAAAGAGCUUAGUGCAGAAUACGAUGAAAUGGUGUCCAUUCCAUUCCAGCCAUCUGGGGAUACUGAUAACGAAGAACAUUUGACAGGAGGAGGGGUGAAACCCAAAGAAAAAAACCGAGAAGAACGACCAGUGGUGUGUGAGAUGUGUGGCAGCACUGGCAAUAUCAGCACCUUCUUUUCAAAAACCAAACGUUUCUGCAGUGCAUCCUGUUCACGGUCCUAUUCAUCAAACUCCAAGAAGUCCUCCAUACUGGCACGUCUGCAGAGGCUGGACUGUACAGGCUCCCUCAAAGCUUCUACAUCUCUCUUAUAUCAGGGAAAGCCCCCCACGAAAAAAGCCAUAGUGCUGAAUAAGGUGAACAAAACCCCUCCGACCCCAACAGGACUGGAUGGGUCUUCUGCAGGUUUUGAGUGGGAAACCUACUUGGAGAAGGAAGAAUCUUUGGCUGCGUCAGUGUCCUGCUUCAGACAUGCGCCCCUGUGUGCACAGUGGGAUGACGUCAUUGUGGGAAUGAAGGUGGAGGUCCUGAACACAAACGCAGUCCUGCCCAGCAAAGUCUACUGGAUUGCUACUGUCAUCCGCGUCGCAGGAUACAAAGCCCUGUUGAGAUAUGAAGGCUUUGAGCAUGACACCAGCCAUGACUUCUGGUGCAGCUUGGUUUCAGGAGAGCUGAACCCCAUUGGAUGGUGUGCCAUGACAAGCAAGCUGCUGGUGCCACCACAAGAUGUGAAGCAGAACAUCUCAGACUGGAAAGAGUAUCUGAUGACAAAGAUGGUGGGGGCCAACACUCUACCUGUUGACUUUUACCUGAAGCUGGCAGACGGCAUGAAGACCUCUUUCAGAAUAGGUAUGCGUGUGGAGGUGGUAGACCCCAAACAUGUGAGUCGGACCCGCGUGGCCAUCAUAGAGUCAAUUAUUGGUGGUCGCCUGCAGCUGGUGUACGUGGACCAAAGCGAUGCCCCCGAAAACACCAUCUCUGACUUCUGGUGCCACAUGUGGAGUCCCCUCCUGCACCCAAUAGGCUGGUCCAGCAAAGUGGGUCACCUCAGUAAAGCACCUGUAAAAAGUGUGGAAGCGGCUGCCAGUGCUUGGAGGGGUAACUCCGACAGUACGUUCCUACUCUUUAAAAAGCCCAGGUUUGUCUACAUUGAGGGAGCAUUCUUUGAGGAAGGAAUGAAGCUGGAGGCCAUUGACCCUCUUAACCUGGGAAGUAUCUGUGUGACCACGGUACACAAAGUGCUGUUAGAUGGCUACCUGAUGGUGGGUAUUGAUGGCACCAUAUCAGACAACGGCUCUGACUGGUUUUGUUACCACGCCUCAUCUCAUGCCAUCCUUCCUGUAGGUUUCUGUAAAAAGAAUGACAUCCCUCUCACGGUACCACAAGGUUAUGACUCUCAGACCUUCACUUGGGACAAAUACCUGAAGGAGACCGAAGCUAAAGCUGCACCAGCGUAUCUGUUCAACACUGACUACCCGGGUCACGGUUUUUCCCCCGACAUGAAGCUGGAGGCAGUGGACUUGAUGGAGCCGCGCCUGGUGUGUGUGGCCACCGUGAAGCGCUGUGUGGGCCGUCUGCUGCUCAUCCACUUUGACGGCUGGGAGGACGAGUUCGACCAGUGGAUCGACCAUCAGUCCCCAGACAUCUACCCCGUUGGCUGGUGCGAGCUCGUGGGCUACCAGCUCCAGCCGCCUCCUGGACUCGUUGAUUUAAUCGAAAACCAGACGGCACAGAAUAAGAAAAGCAAGUCCUCUCCAUAUGGGAAAAAGAAAAAGAGAAAUGCAAAAAAGAGACUCUCACAGGACCAGGCUAAAGAUGACGGGCAGCAGUCUGAGGUCAUUGACACUGAAGCGCCUCUCAUCCAGCCCAAGACUGAGCCAGAGGAGCAGGAGAUCUUUGCAGUGCAGGUGAAAGUAGAGGAGAUGGAGAUGGAGACUCCCAUUGAUCCUCCAGACAACCUCAAACAAGUCCCUCUGGGUAUGAUCAAACAGGAGGAGGGAGGGGAGCCGAGUACAUCAGGACUACCAAAGCCACUGAAGAAGUGCAGCUUGGAAAACACAGCACAGAAAAAGACGAGUGUGGAGAAGAAUGAUAACAGAAAAAGCAGUGGAGUAGAAAAGAGUCAAAAGUUGGACCAAGACGAGGGGAGCCAUGGAGAGGACAGCGUCAUGGAGGAAAUUUCAGAGAGCAAUACAGAGUAGGAGACCCUGCAGGAAUGGUGAGCUGAGACAAAGAUGCCCGCUUGGAAAAGUAAGCGAACUGCAGAAAAGGUGGAUGAGUAAAAAGGUCGGGAUGACUCUGAGAUGGAGUAAAGUAAAGCUGAUGUGCUGAAGAACCACUAAAAAAGACAAAUAAAAUAAAAAAGGUACAUCAAUAAGGAGAGCCAGAGAUCUUUUAAUUUCUGCUGGUUUAAAGUUAUGAUCCACCAGGUUUCAGUUUGGCAACAUGUGUCAUACAGUAAGUGUGCUGGUCUCAGAUUUUUGUGGGGAGACAGUAAACAGUGGGGGUGAUAUCAAUGAGAUAAAAUUACAUUAAAAGUAAUAACAGUAAUGCUGGAUUGCAGACACGUUUCCUGUUAAUCUCUUGGUUUUAGGUUGGCAAAUGGAAUCCAGAGCAGGAAUGGCAGACCCUAUCAUUACCAAUAGACCCUGCUAUAUAGAGAAGUAAUGACCGACUACAUAUGGUUCACAAGGACUAACUUAACCAAUUUCAAAACUACCUCAUCUUGUCCAUGUUGGUAAAAUCA